AUGGCUCUCCCUCACGCUCGCUUUAAUGUUUUAUUUCACAACCGUCCAAUAUAUCAUUCACGUUCGUUAAAUCGCGAUGAUACUUGGCACCCUUCGUUGGAGACUAUACUUGAGGGUGGUCCUGACUCGGCGUUGGACCGAGAAGAAAAUAUCAAUGUGGAUGGGCGUGGUCUCCAGCUGUUAGACGAGUCCGAGGUAGACCGUGUAGACUGCACUGUGUCCGGCAAUGAUCAUUUCUCAAAUGAGCAGGCUAGUCCAAUGACAACCGCAUCAUUUGUUGAACGCAGAACAUCGGAACCCAGUGAAGCUGGGAACUUUGUGAUUGGAGAACCGCGACUUUUAGCGGAAGCUCACAUUUCACAACGUCAAGCAGACAACCCAUACUAUUCCCUGGCUUGCGUUAUCUGGGAUCCUUUUUGUGUUUAUACUAGCAUUGCCGGAUAUCCUAGCACCGACUAUUUGUCACCCCUCACUGUUUUACCCACAUAUUCCGAGUCGAGCCCCAUUACAACUACUGCUUCUACACCAUCUCGGGAUAGUUACAGCCCAUUCCAGUCGACAAGUUCACCCACCGAACGUCCAACAUCAUCACCAUCAUCAGCGAGUGGCGACCCUCCUAGUAUUAGUAGUGGUAAUGCGGUUGUCGAUACUGCUUACACCACAGUCGCCUCGACCUCCCAAAUAAUCUCAAUAACGACCACAUUGCUUGAGCCGCCUUCAUCUAUAGUUACAUCAUCCACAGUUACAUCAUUCACGGUUACAUCGACCAGCAUUGUUAUGGUCUCGAGCCUGUUGCCUCAACCAUCAUCAGUGUCUGACACAGCUUCAAAACCUAUAUUACCUCAGACCAUAGGCGCCAUCACAGGAGGAAUUGUGGGAGCGGUGGUACUUCUAGCCCUCCUAACGUUUAUCGUGCUGCGCCAUCGCAGGAAAAACCAAUUUUCUGUAACACCUUUCAACCUCCCUUCAACCGCAGGGCCAACCCAGGUCGAGGGGCGCAAGUUCCAGAGUGCCAGCGGUGCUGUCCGUCCAAGCAGCAGAAGUUCAUCGUUCAUUCAAUAUUCCGAUGGUUGCCUCGUAGAGUAUUCUGGGAAUGGAUCACCAUCAUAUGCUACAGAUCAGAUAUCAUCUCACUUCGUCGAUGAUGAGAUCUCUGGGUCCAGUGUUGCCAGGCGCUAUUGGUCCCAUAGGCUAGAGAAGCUGUACCCAUAUCUGUCUCAUGUCCCCGCUUCAGAUCAUCAUAGUGUAGAAAGCUGCGCCGAUCACAUGGUUACGGAUGGUCGUUCGCAAGAACAGAGUGAAGAGCUGCCGGCUUAUCCUCGUUCUUUGGAUUCUUUAAGGAGCGAAACAGACCAUGAUGAUCGUUACGUCCUUACCAGCUCUUGA